CAGAAGAACCUCCCUCUUGUAGCUUUUUUUCUUAAGCCUUUUUAUGCAGAUAUAAAGGAGUUAUGCAGAUCCCAUUGAUGAAAAGAAUUUGAAAACUACGUUUGUCAUCAUACAGAAAAGCCCAAAGAGCUCAAAACCUAAGAAAAAGACGAUGGACUUCACUAAGCACUUACUGUUCUUGAUGCUGCAAUUCCUCGUGGUUCUGGGAGGUGAUACCAAACCAGGAGUACGAUUGGAUAUUCAAGAUAAACAUGUGAUAAUGGAUAAUGGCAUAGUCCAGGUCAACUUAUCAAAUCCUGAAGGAAUUGUCACCGGAAUUCGAUAUAAUGGCAUCGAAAAUUUGCUGGAAGUUCUCAACGAAGAAUACGACAGAGGGUACUGGGACAUCGUUUGGGACGAAGGUGGAGAAAAUAGAACAAAAAAAGGAGCAAAGGGAAAGGGUAGAUUUGACAGAAUGGAAGCCACAAAUUUAACGGUGAUAGUAGAAAAGGAGGAACAAGUAGAGCUAUCUUUCACCAGAACAUGGAAUGCAUCUUUUCAGGGGAAGCUUCCGCCACUCAACAUUGACAAAAGGUUUAUAUUGCUUCGUGGUUCCUCUGGGUUCUACACCUAUGCCAUUUACGAGCAUUUGAAGGAAUGGCCAGCUUUCGAUAUCGACAAUACAAGGAUCGCAUUCAAACCUAGGAAAGACAAGUUCCAUUACAUGUCUAUAGCGGACAACAGACAGAGAUUUAUGCCUCUGCCCGAUGACCGGAUACCCCCAAGAGGUCAAGUGCUUGCCUACCCUGAGGCUGUGCGUCUCGUUGACCCCGUGGAGCCCGAAUUCAAAGGCGAGGUGGAUGAUAAAUAUGAGUAUUCAUGCGAGAGUCGAUACAAUCGUGUUCACGGCUGGAUGAGCAUUGAUCCAUUGAAUUCCACCGGAUUCUGGCUAAUUACGCCAAGCUAUGAGUUCCGAUCUGCUGGACCCCUCAAGCAAUACCUUACUUCUCACGAUGGCCCCACCACACUCUCUGUAUUUCAUAGCACGCAUUAUUCAGGUGCGGAUCUGAUAAUGAAAUUUGGGCCUAAUGAGCCGUGGAAGAAAGUCUAUGGGCCCAUAUUCUUAUACCUUAAUUCUCUAUCCAACGGUGUUAGCCCAAACAAACUCUGGGAGGACGCCAAACAACAGAUGGUCAAUGAAGUUGAGAGCUGGCCCUAUACAUUUCCAGCUUCCAAGGACUUUCUCUCAUCUCAGCAACGAGGUAAAGUCCAAGGUAGAUUGCUUGUCCGAGACAGGAAGGUCAGUGAUGCUUUCAUCCCAGUUUGUGGUGCUUAUGUGGGACUAGCAGCCGUAGGAGAUGUUGGAUCUUGGCAACGAGAAUGUAAGGGUUAUCAAUUUUGGACCAUUACUGAUGAUAAAGGCUAUUUCUCAAUUAUUAACUUACGCCCUGGGGACUAUAAUCUCUACUCCUGGGUCACUGGAUACAUUGGUGAUUAUAAAUUCGAUAAAAUCAUCAACGUAACUUCAGGUUGUGAACUUAAUGUGCAUGAGCUUGUUUAUGAGCCACCUAGAGAUGGUCCUACGUUGUGGGAAAUAGGUAUCCCUGAUCGUUCAGCUGCUGAGUUCUAUGUUCCUGACCCAAAUCCCACGUACAUUAACAAACUCUAUGUCAACCAUACAGACAGGUUUAGGCAAUAUGGUUUGUGGGAAAGAUAUGCUGAUUUGUAUCCAAAUAAAGACCUAGUUUACACUGUUGGCGUUAGUGACUACAGAAAAGAUUGGUUCUUUGCUCAGGUUAAUAGGAAGAAAGAUAAUGGCACUUAUCAAGGAACCACAUGGCAAAUUAACUUCAACCUUGAUCGUGUGAAUACCAAUGGAAGCUACACAUUGCGAGUGGCUCUGGCAUCUGUGCAUAAUGCAGAAUUACAGAUUCGGAUAAACAAAUUAGAAGCAGAUCCAGUUUUAUUUUCAAGUGGAGUGAUUGGAAAGGAGAAUACAAUAGCUAGACAUGGAAUUCACGGUCUCUAUUGGCUAUUCAGCGUUGAUGUAGACGGCACUCUUCUUGUGCAGGGGAACAAUACCAUCUUUCUAACGCAACCGAUGAACACAAGUCCUUUUAUAGGAAUUAUGUACGACUAUAUUCGUUUAGAAUAUAAACGCUGAAAAUCAAAUUAACGAUUGUUCUCAUUCUUCUUUUCCUCUUUU